ACAAGAGGCGUCCCUUAAUUAAGAGAACCAAGAGACGGCUUUUACUGUGCACGUGUCGUUGCUUCCGUCUCUCUCUAUCUCUCUCUCUGUUUCCGCUCGAGAAAAUGAACCCCGCGGCGGAGGCGUGGCCGGUUACGGCGGCGAUCGUCGGCAUAGGGAGGGAGAUGAGGUCGGCGACCAAGGAUCGGAGUUUUGAGUCCAUGAUGUUGUUUUCAACUUCUUUGAUUCUCGUUUCUUCAAUGUCUUCGUCACUGCUGGUAGAAAUAAGAUUACGCUGUACAAUUGUCUUGAAGAUGAUGCCAUAUCUGCAUUGCAAUCCUAUUCUGAUGAGGACUGAUUGUAAGUUUCAGCAAGAAGAGUUGACCACGCUUCUCCAGCGUUAUGGGUGCUCCUCGUCGUGGUGCUUAUUCUUUCCAAGGAGCUGGUCGGACAUCUGGAGCAGGAACUUCCUCACCUCCUGAAAAUGGAACAUCUCUUCCUCCUCGAACUGGAGCCUCUCUGCCUCCUCGAACUCUCUGCCUCAUGGAACUGGAGCCUCCUUGCCUCCUGGAGCCACUGGACAAGCUAAUUCUUUUGAAGAAGUGUAUUCUCAUACUAGCUUAGCUGAGCUAAAGAACGCUUCUGGAAGGCGUAACGUGCCACACUUGCAUCCUCGAACUGGAGCCUCUCUGCCUCCUCGAACUCUCUGCCUCAUGGAACUGGAGCCUCCUUGCCUCCUGGAGCCACUGGACAAGCUAAUUCUUUUGAAGAAGUGUAUUCUCAUACUAGCUUAGCUGAGCUAAAGAACGCUUCUGGAAGGCGUAACGUGCCACACUUGCAUCCUCGAACUGGAGCCUCUCUGCCUCCUCGAACUGGAGCCUCUCUUCUUGUUGUCUUGUUUUCUUCUAUCACAGACAUUGGUUAGCACAUGUAUAUUGUAUUGUUGUGGUCACGUUGAAAAUGUUUCACGGUCAAGAAAUGAAAGACCUUUAUAAUGAUUGUAUGAUCGUGUAUUCACAAACUUGUAUAAAUAAUAUCUUGUAAUGAAAGUGUAUUCACAAGC